AUGGGUUCAAACACGCCCCAAUGGACCCCGCAGACCGUGCUGUCUACUGUCCCCCACCCCCCAGAGGAGAACACAAGCUCACCCAUUCCCUUUUUCCACCUGCUCGAGCGACUGAAGACCACUAAGCGCGAGGGCUGGCGCCGAUUUGGAAUCAAUGGCGAGUCCAUCUCUGACCACAUGUACCGCAUGUCAAUCAUGACGAUGUUUGCCCCGCCAGAGCUGGCCUCGCGCCUCAACAUCCCCCACUGCACCAAGAUGGCGCUCAUUCACGAUAUGGCCGAGUCCCUCGUUGGCGACAUCACCCCCGUUGACAAAGACGUGACCAAGACCGAGAAGGCUCGUCGGGAGGCGGCGACGAUGGAUUACAUUACGGAGACGCUUUUGGGCAAGGUUCCUGGCGGUGCCCUGUCUGCACAGGAGAUCAAGCGCGUGUUCCAGGAGUAUGAGGAUAAUGUCACUCUCGAGGCCCAAUUUGUGCACGACAUUGACAAAAUGGAGCUUCUUCUUCAAAUGGUGGAGUACGAACGAUCUCAUGAAAUCGAUCUGAGCGAGUUUGCGUGGGUUGCCAGCCGUGUGCAGCUACCAGAGAUCAAGAUCUGGGCCGAGCAGGUUGUGGCGGAACGCCCCAAGAGAGCUUGA